GCAAGGACCUGUUGGUAUAAAGCCUCCCUCUCCUUCCUCUCUUAUUGUCUAUGUGUGUGUGAUUUGAGUGUAGGGCACAACUUUGAACAAGCCUAUUCUGGACUGUGUAUCUCUGGACAGGGCAGGAUGCAGCUGCUGCUCGGGGUCUCGAUGCUGGUGGUGGGCGCGCUCUGUUUUUUGGGAAAGGCGGACUCAUCGGCCUACGACAAGAUAGUGACACACAGCCGCAUCCGGGCCAGGAGUCAGGGGCCCAAUAUGUGCGCCCUGCAGCAAGUCCUAGGGACAAAGAAGAAGUACUUCAGCACGUGUCGAAACUGGUACAAAGGUUCCAUCUGUGGCAAGAAGGCGAUGGUUGUGUAUGAGUGCUGUCCUGGAUACAUGGAGCUGGAGGGCAUGAAGGGCUGUCCUGCAGUGGCUCCAAUUGACCAUGUCUACGGCACACUGGGUCUUGUAAGGGCAACAACCACUCAAAGGUACGCAGAUAUGUCCAAAGUGCGGGAGGAGCUCGAAGGAAAGGGUUCCUAUACUUUAUUUGCACCAAGCAAUGAUGCCUGGGAUGACUUGGAUGCAGCUCAAAGGUCUGCUUUGGAGGGUAAUGUGAACAUCGAGUUAUUGAACGCUCUCCACUACCACAUGGUGAAGCACCGCCUACUGACCAAACACCUGAAGGAUGGGCUCACAGUCAAAUCUAUGUACAAUGACCUGGGGCUCCUCAUCAACCACUAUCCGAACGGGGUUGUGACAGUGAACUGUGCCAGGAUCAUCCAUGGAAACCAGGUUUCCACAAACGGAGUGGUCCAUGUAAUCGACCGGGUCAUCAGCACUGUCAGCAGCAACAUUAAAGACGUCCUGGAUGUGACUGAUGAGCUCUCCUCCUUCAACGCUGUGGCUGUGGCCUCUGGUGUAAUAGACAAGCUGGACCAGCCUGGACAUUUCACAUUGUUUGCUCCGACUAAUGAUGCCUUUGACAAACUGCCCUCGGGAUACCUUGAACGCAUCAUGGAAGAUACUGACAUUAUUCAAGCCCUUGUGAACUACCACCUCCUGACCAGCGUACAAUGCUCUGAGGCAAUCAUGGCGGGAACACUGUACGAAACCGCAGAGGGGACAAGCAUUGAGAUCGGUUGUGAUGGAGACAGUCUAACCGUCAACGGCAUCAAGAUGGUCCUGAAGAAAGACAUCGUCACAACCAAUGGAGUUAUCCACCUCAUAGACCAAGUGCUCAUACCAAACUCAGCCAAAGAAGUGAUAGAGCUGACAGGGGAGUCGCAGAGCACAUUCACAGACAUGGUUUCUGAACUCGGCCUCGCUGCAGCUUUGGGGCCAAAAGCACAGUACACCCUGCUCGCACCGCAGAACUCUGCCUUUACAAAUGAGGUGAUGAGCACAGACCAGAAUGUGCUGAGACUCAUUUUGGAGAACCACAUCCUGAAGCUAAAGGUGACUCUGGGUGAGCUUUAUAAUGGACAGACUCUGGAGACACUGGCUGGAAAACUCCUCCGAGUAUUCAUCUACCGCACAGCUGUGUGCUUAGAAAAUGCCUGUAUGGUGCGUGGCAGUAAAGAGGGAAGCAACGGAGCACUGCAUGUUAUGAGAUCCAUCAUAAAUGUGCCAGAGAAAACCAUCUAUGAGAUUUUGAUCGCUGAUGGACGAUUCAGGAUCUUUUUGAACCUGAUGGAGACAGCAGGACUGACUGACCUACUGCGACAGGAGGGCUCCUACACCAUCUUUGCUCCUACAGACGAGGCAUUUAAGGACCUUUCCCCAGAAGACAUGGCACUGCUGAAAAGUGAUGUGAAUGCUUUGAGGACCAUUUUGUUGUACCACUUCAGUAACGGCAUCUUCAUCAAUGGAGGGCUUGAAGGAGGCGUCACCAAUCUGCUCAAGAGUCUGCAGGGAAACAACCUCCAUGUCAUGUCUGCAAAUAACUCCAUCCAUGUCAACUCUGUAAAAGUCCCUGACAGUGAUCUGAUGGCCACAAAUGGCGUAGUGCAUGUGGUGAAAAAUGUCUUGUAUCCCGGGGACCUCCCUGUGGGCCGUCAGGACCUCCUGGUUCUGCUGAGGAAGCUUAUCAACUACAUCACACUUAAGUUUGAAGCUGGAUUUUCAUACACAGAAAUUCCAUUAACUUUCAUCAAGAGGACGAUUACAACCACACACUAUAUUGAAACAGUGCCCAAUAUAACCAAGGUGAUUAGAGUAAUUGAAGGAGAACCAUCCAUAAAGAAGGUCACGCAGGUCAUCGGGGGUGAACCGACCAUCACCAAGGUAACACGUGUGAUCAAGACGGAACCAGUGGUCACGGAGGUUCGAGUCGAGGCGGAAGUCACAGAUCCAAUCACAGUUACCAGGGUGAUCGAAGGAGAGCCCACCAUCACCAAGGUUACAAGAGUUAUCGGGGGGGACUUAAAGAAAACUCUUACAGAGGAGAUCCAGAAGACUAUCUCAGAGGCCAGUGUUACCAAAGUCUCAGUGGAGAGUGAGCCAGUGGUCACCAAAGUCACCAGAGUCGUUGAAUCACAGCCCACCAUGACCAAAGUUACUAGAGUGAUUGAGGGGGCUGAUGCACAGAAGAUUGCAGAGCCCCGUGGAGACGGACGCGGCCUUGUCAUCGAGCCUUUUAUCAUUGAGGGACCAGACUUUUCUAAAAUCACCACAAUACACGGCAACCCAGAUUUGAUCGAGGAGGAGUCAGAACGAAUUACCAAAAUAAUUAAACAAGGAGGGAAGUAUGCUGCUGCCAGGAAGGCCCAAGCUGGAGCACGGAGGAGAGCGAGGCUGGUCAGGCGUCACCACAAACCAAGGGAGUGAAUCGGACUGAGACCAAACAGAGACUGAGCUCAUCGACUGUGCUCCUGGAUGAGCACUUCAACGUUAAAGUUUAUUUAGCUUAAUGUGUUCUCAAAGCAGGACUGUUCACUACUCCACCAGCUUACUGAAUGGGAUGUAGAGUGCUGUGCAGAGGUUUAUGAGUAGUUAAAAUAGCUGAAAGGGGCAUCAUAUAAAUUUUCUGAAAGGUCUGUUACCUGCUUGUCUCCACGGUUAUUGUUUGCCUGGAAUGUUCCAUUAAACAUAUCUGUCUCAGACCAAGUUACAGGUCAAAUCUGUGAA